UAUGUGUUGUAUUUUGUCUGUAUGUACAUGUUGCUUGUUUGUUCAUUUGGUUUAUGACCAUAAUUAUGUUUUUGGUUAAAAGCCAUAUUGGUCUAUGACCUUCUAGUGACUUUAUGUUAUUACUGUUCAUCAUUGUUUUACAUAUAACGCACUGAAUACAGUUGUUUUAAACUAUUAAUGUUAUAUAAGGACUCCAUGUGAACCUUAAAUUUAAACGUAAAUUAUUUCCAUGUUGCUCAUUUGACUUACAUACUGAUGAAUAUUGUGCAUUCAAUUAGUUUCAACUCAUCAAGAGUUUUCGUUUGGAACCUGGCUGUUUUUGCGAUUGUAACGAAAUAUAAUUUGCCGGUUGAAGUGCAACCAUUGCAAACUGCAAAUUAAUUGAUGCUCUGCUGGGCUGGAUCACAGGCGUCGGUAGAAACAGUCAACGAAGUGGAGAAUAAUCAAUCUGUUCAUUAUGGAAUUUCUAGAGAAAAUCAGAGCAAAAUCAAACAAAUGUUUAUUGAUAUGAAAGAUAGUAUCGACAUCGAUGGAAUUUUGGACCGUUUCAUUCAAGAUGGAGAUUUAACCGAAGACGCUCAGGAAAGAAUAAUGUUCAACAACCCCAGAAGGAAGCAAGUGGAAUUAUUUUUGUUUAGAUUGUUUAGAUUAAAGAGGAACGCGUUCGAUCGCUUCGUUCAAUAUAUGCGAGAGGACGAAUGUCUUGUCCAUAUUGCCGAUCAAUUGCAAAAAGGUAUCAAAUUACCAGCCCUUGAGACCGCAAGACUCAAACCACACGAAAUUCGACUGCAGAUUGAACAUCACAUGGAAGAUAUCUUGCGGGAAAUAGAACCAGACGAAGUUGCAGAAUAUUUUAUGGUUUACGAAGUUUGUGAGGUGAACGAGUAUGAGGAGGUUGUGAGUGAAAAGAAAACGACAAGAGCAAAGGGUCUCGCAUUGCUUCAUCUAUUGAUAUUAAACCAUAUCCCGAGUGGCUAUCAAGUGUUUCUUACUGCUUUGAGGGAAUUGAACAGGACAGGACUUUUACAAAAAUUGAAGAAACGGCAUAUCAGUACGCCUCUAAGACAAGAUGUAGAAAGCACAAGAAGUGUAGUAACUGCAAAAUUCACAUUUGGAAACCAGUCGGAUUUGCCGUCUCUGGAUCAAAUUGUCGGGGGUCCUUCUGGCUAUAGUUUACGGUGUACAAGGGCAACUCAGUGUGAUGAAGAAGACCUUGUUGCUAACUUCAGAAGCGAAACAGUAAAGGCAGAGAUAAAUCGUAGACUUAUACCAGAAACAAACACAAUGUUGUACGACACAAUCAGUGGAUCGUUGAUAUUCCACCUCAAAUGGACCUCUCAGGCCUGGAGACAACUGAGUGUAGACAGGUUGAGAGAAGUUGUUGGUACGGUAGUGAGAAUACUAAUGGAGAAGGGAAACAAAGAAGACACCGAAUCACAAACGUGGAAUGUUGAAGUGUGCGCAAUACCGAGUACACUAAAUGUUCGUUCAUCUACAACAGACCCAAAAGACGCUGUAGAGGUCAUUACUGUACAUAAAGAAUUCCUGGCAACAGAACUAAAUGGGCUGCGAAUUGCUGAACAGAUGAACGGAAGUGGUGUACUUUCAAGCGAUGAUCUUUCUGACGUUAGGGGAAAAUCAGACCGAAGGUAAAGAGCAGAGGCUCUUUUGAACAAAAUAACAAGAAGCGGAGAAACUUCAGCUAAAGCUUUCUUGGAGGAACUUACAAAGGCGGGGCCUAGGUAUCAUUUCAUCACUCGCCAUUUAUGGCCGGAAAAUGAUGACGAUUUAUGUUGGAUGACAAACAAUAUGGGCACGAUAUACCCACUACUAAUAGAAGGUCUCCCAGCAGUCAUUUUGUCGCAACAUCAACAUGAACUGGGAUUACCAGAUGAGUGUAUCAAAAACGAUACUGUUGUUGCAACCUCAAUUCAGUACAUAAUGGCACAAGACAACGAAAUCAAAUUUCGAUUUCUACUUCUUCUGUUAGAAAAACGAAUUGUACCCAAGGAUUUUUACACGAGUAUUCGCUCGAAGAUGCCCGAUGAUAACACCGUAAGCGUUAUAAAGCAACAACGAAAUAAUUCUCUUCAGACCGAUAUCACCAGCCGAGUCCGGCUUGGACACUGUAUAGUCGUGAAAACAAUUGAUGCAAACGAUGCUUACCAAGUACCGGAAUGCACUGGCACUAUUGGGCACUGGUGGUUACUGAGCGCAAUACGCAAAUAUAUUGUUAAACUGAUUUUCUGCGAAGGAUUUGUCGUCAACAGUAGAGAAAGAGUCAUGCCCGAAAGACUUGGGCCAACACGGAUUCCCUGUGCCGGAAAUGCUGGAUAUGCUUAUGACGCUGAGGUAUUGGAGAGCAGCGAAGUAAGAAAGAACGAUGAUUGAUUCGCUUGAUCAGAUAAUCAAUCAAGACAAACUCUAGAAUUGAAUUUAGCGUCAGCAGGAACUCAACUCACACCCAUGACAUAGCCGUCAGUGCUCCUGUCUAAAGCUAAAUGAGGUUUAAUUGCAACUAGUUCCAUUGAUAUGAUAACUGCAUUUCAUUGAUGUUUACUUAAUUCACGCGUGUUGUGCACAUAGUGCGUUUAUUAUACUUCAGAAUUAAGUUGUUCGGAAGUUUGCAAGUCGAUUCGCCAUGAAUGGUUCAACAGCUAUUUUAACACUCACACCAGACAUGAAAAUCGUGGAAGCAAACUCCGAAAAACUCUUCUUGCCAAUUAAAUCCGUUAGACCCAUUAUUGUUUCCAUAAAUUAAUAAGUAAGAAUUAGGAAAAGAAAUUGAAAAUCGCCAAGAUUUUGCGAUAAAUGAAAAUAUUAUUAUCUUCAACCGUUAUCAUAUAGUUACCGGUAUGGCACUGAGUCGUGUUGCAACGGUUUGGUAAUAAUAGAAACUAUAAUCACUGUUAUUUAAUAGUAUAACCGUUUCUCAUUUCACAAACGACUGCACGUCUAUACAUAUAGCGGAUGAAGUCCUGUGCCACGGAUAAAUACAUUGGGCGUUGUUUGUCUGCUUUUGCAUUUUGUAACAUCUUUUCAUUGUAUAUACUACUCAAUGUUACGUAUAAACGGAUUCAACGAAUUUGAGUUUGAAGAAACAGAUCAUCAAUGUUACUCUUGCAAUUGUGUUUCGUUAGAAUUGACACCCCAAAGUUCUUCUAGAUUUUUGUGAUAAAUCGACUCCACAGAUUUUACUCAUUAUUUUGAAUAAAAACGCUAUGGACUUUCUCUCGAACAAUGAUGCCAAGAAACUACUCUGCGAAUAUAUGAACUGACACUAAGAAUUUGUCCAGGUAAAAACAAUGUACCAAAUUAAGCCUUCAACUUACUACCAGGCGAUACUAAGGAACUAUUCCGGGAAGCAUCUAUAUACCGAAUGAAGCUGUGAAAAUGGUGCUUUGGAAUUAUUUGAGCAUGAAACUAUAUGUGGAAUGAGUAAUUCAUUUUUUCUUAUUAAACUGAAGCAAUUGAAUUUAUUAUCACUGCAAUGACACUAUCCAACCACUCCUGGAAUUUUCUCAAUGCAAUGACGCUUUUAAAUUUCAACCGUAAUUUGUUAAAAGGAAUAACGGAAUAAAUGAUUCCAGGAGUUUUGAAAUGAA